CUCUCGGGGCUGCGCUGCCGCCGGAGCCGAGGUCCCCAGGUUUUUCGGGCGAGGGCUGCUGCCUCUGCCCCGCUGGGUCUUCUCCUCCGCUCUUCUUUUUCCCGGCGCUGCGCGGCUUUUACUCUUUGCUGCUUCUCUGGGCGAGUUUAAUGGCGGAUCUGGGGCCAGUCGUCGACUGCUGGGGCCCCAGGGCAACUUCUCGAGGCAGUUGUCGGCCCAGAGGACCAGGAAUCACCUUCGAGCCUAUGUCGUGAGGCUUUGGCAGAAAUUGAGAAGGAAAUAUCUCCAUUGUUCAUUGGCAUGGAUAAAUGUUCAGUGGGAGGAUUAGAAUUGACUGAACAGACUCCUGCUUUAUUAGGGAAUAUGGCCAUGGCAACUAGUCUCAUGGACAUAGGGGAUUCAUUUGGUCAUCCAGCUUGUCCUUUAGUUAGUAGACCUAGAAACUCACCAGUGGAAGAUGAUGAUGAUGUUGUAUUUAUUGAAUCUAUACAACCUCCUUCAAUUUCUGCUCCAGCAAUAGCUGAUCAAAGAAACUUCAUACUUGCGUCAUCAAAAAAUGAAAAGCCACAAGGAAAUUAUUCUGUAAUUCCUCCUCCUUCAAGAGAUUUGGCGUCUCAGAAAGGAAAUAUAAGUGAGACAAUUGUUAUUGAUGAUGAAGAGGAUAUAGAAACAAAUGGAGGAGCGGAGAAAAAUUCUUCCUGUUUUAUUGAAUGGGGACUUCCUGGAACUAAAAACAAAACCAAAGAUUUGGACUUCUCCACUUCCAGUCUUUCAAGAAGUAAGACCAAGACUGGAGUAAGACCUUUUAACCCUGGUAGAAUGAGUGUGGCAGGAGACUUAUUUCAGAAUGGAGAAUUUGCAACUCAUCAUAGUCCUGAUUCUUGGAUCUCCCAGUCAGCUUCAUUUCCCCGUAAUCAGAAACAGCCAGGGGUGGAUUCUUUAUCACCAGUGGCCUUACUUCGUAAGCAGAAUUUCCAGCCUACAGCCCAACACCAACUCACUAAACCAGCUAAAAUCACUUGUGCAAAUUGCAGAAAACCUUUACAGAAGGGCCAGACGGCUUAUCAGCGGAAAGGAUCAGCUCACCUCUUUUGUUCCACCACCUGCCUUUCUUCCUUUUCUCAUAAACGUACUCAAAACACACGAAGUGUAAUGUGUAAAAAAGAUGCAUCUACAAAGAAGGCUGAUGUUGUUCUUCCAGUAGAAUCAAGCAGAUCCUUCCAAGAAUUUUGUAGUACAUCUUGUUUGUCUCCCUGUGAAAACAACCGGAAUCUUAAAAAAGGAGUUUUUAAUAAGUCAAGAUGUACAAUUUGUAGUAAAUUAGCAGAGAUUCGCCAUGAAGUCAGCGUAAAUAAUGUAACACAUAAACUCUGCAGUAACCAUUGCUUUAAUAAGUACAGAUUGGCUAAUGGUCUAAUAAUGAACUGCUGUGAACACUGUGGAGAGUACAUGCCUAGUAAGAGUACUGGAAACAACAUCCUGGUGAUUGGAGGUCAGCAGAAGAGAUUUUGCUGCCAAAGUUGUAUUAACGAAUAUAAACAGAUGAUGGAAACAAAAUCAAAAAAAUUAACAGCAUCAGAAAAUAGAAAAAGGAAUGCUGUUAGAGAAGAAAAUGAGAAACAAUUCUGUGGAUCGUCAAGUACACUUUUGAAAAAAAUAGAUGGAAUCACAGAAAAAAAGGAAAAGACUUCAGAGCUACACCUUUCGGUAGAAUGUGGCACGGAUACAUUACUGAUCAAAGAGAAUGUGAAUUUACCUCCUUCUUCCGCGUCAGCCAUAGCUGAUACAUUUCAAGAGCAACUGGAAGAGAAAAAUUUUGAAGACUCCAUUGUACCAGUUGUGCUUUCUGCAGAUCCAGGUACGUGGCCCCGAAUUUUGAAUAUUAAACAACGGGACACUCUUGUUGAAAAUGUUCCGCCUCAAGUAAGAAAUUUUAACUUUCCAAAAGAUAAUACAGGGAGAAAGUUUUCAGAAACUUACUAUACACGGAUUCUUCCAAACGGUGAAAAAACCACUAGAUCCUGGUUACUUUAUUCGACCUCAAAAGAUUCUGUGUUUUGUCUAUAUUGCAGACUCUUUGGGGAAGGAAAAAAUCAACUGAAAAAUGAAAAUGGUUGCAAAGAUUGGCAACAUUUAUCACAUAUUCUUAGUAAACAUGAAGAAAGUGAAAUGCACAUCAACAAUAGUGUUAAGUACUCAAAAUUAAAAUCUGAUCUGAAAAAAAAUAAAGCUAUUGAUGCUGCAGAACGCAGAUUAUAUGAAAAUGAGAAAAACGAUGGUGCGCUGUUGUUGUACACAUAAUAUACCUGAUUUGUUUUUUGGCAUGAUGAUCAGAAUCUUACAUUACUCAGAAAACAUCUGUGCUGCAAGAGUCAGUACUAUCCUGUUGUAAGUCUCCUCUACAGAGUAACUUGCAACAGUUCCUUAGCAAUAAGUACGUUAGCAAAUAAAUAGCAAAAAAUGUUUCCAUUCUAAAUCUAAAACUAAUUAGUUUCAAUCAUCAUU